AUGGCAGCGCCAUCUCGAGUGGCAGCAGACGGCUGGGGCCGCCCCUCGCGUGUCAGAGGCGACACCAGCGGUCACGAGCGUCACGUCGCAACACAACGCCUCGCCAAGCGGAGUGGCCGCAUACACGACAAGGUCAAGGCGGCGGCGAUCGGCGGGGUCAACGGGCUUGGCUCGGCGGGCGAACAGGCCGGUUCGAGGGCACGCUGCGUGGUGGUCGCCAUAGGCAGCAGAGCGGAGCCAGCCUCGCUCGGGACGGCACUGAGCCACGAUGCGGCCGCAGACUUUUAUGUCAUAACCAUAUCGUCGCCACACUUCUCCGAUUCCCACCAAGCAUAUCGCGACAGUGCCGCACAAGCGAAGUGCCACCGUGCAAGCAAGUGCUCACGGGUUGUUUGGUCUUCGCCCGAGCUGUGUCCGCACCGAACGUACCCAUGCAUCCAGCACGGCAUCCGGCCAAUCCCAGCACAGCUCGUGACGGUAGAGCUCCUCGGCAGUGAGCGGCCUCCUAGCCUGCAACCUGUCCCAAAUGACCAUUUUGGGGAGAAAGAUGCCAGCCCAGUUUUGCUUCAGAAGACAGCACCUACCAAGUCAGCUGAUGACUCUUCCGUGAAACUAUUCCCAGCUUUGGGCUCACUGGUGCAAUUCAAUGAAGGUCCAAGAGUGUCUGCUGUGCAGAAUAGCUUCGGAGUUGUGACAGGCGUCUCCUCGGUGGAUGUGACCGUCACUCUUGCGGGAGGGGCGCGUGUGGAAAAUGUGCGGCCCGAUGAUUUUGUGCUCACCUCGCUUGACGAAGUGCCCGGAGGGCAGGAAGAGCGCAAUCGGCUGGAGGAGUUGAUGUUGAUUCACGUUCCCACUAGCCUGAAGCAGACCGCCGCGCAGGCUGCGCCAGACCCACCAGCACACUACGCUCCUCUUGCAGAGGGCACUCAAUCGCAACACCAAGCCAAGUCCAUCAAGGUCGUUCUGGGCCGAAGUUGGAAGGCGCGAACCAUUGGAACCAAGAGUCCGGACAUUGAAUUGUCACUCGCCGGUGCGCUCGCCCACACCACGAGCGCCUUCCGCGACCAAGACGCGGAUCCGUGGCAGGAAGAAGCAGCUGGCGUACGUUGCGUACGGGAUUGGAUCAAUAGCAUGUUUUCCGUGGACCAGCGACAGCAUACCCAAUAUGUGGAGCUGUUCAAUCUUGCGUCCUUGGUGGAUUCCAAAGUGAGGGACGCGGGCUCACCAGCUCAAGUACUCAGCAUGAUUGGGCAAUGCGACACCUGCGAAAUCGCAUUGAGGAGAUUGGCUUCUUGGAUUCACGAGAAGAGGACGGGUGACAAGGAUGCGGCUCAAUCGAUGUUGGCAGUGAAGCCGUCCUCGUUUGCCAGUGACAUUGCGCCCUCCUGGCUGGUCACAGAAGCUUCAACAUACAGCCAGAGCGAGUACAAGCGCAAAGAGAGAGCUCGUGCUCAAUGGACAGAGUCCACCAAAGGCAAGGGCAAGAAAGGCGAGCUGCCAACCCAUGAUUAUGAGCUGCUCCAGCGCUAUCUUGGGUGUGAUGCAGCAAGCUUUCCUUUGCAGUUUGCGUCUGUCAGCAGCGGGACUGCCCAUCAUGCAGCUGAAGACGUUCUUCUCCGCCAGCUUUGGCGCAAGGCCAAGCUUGAGCGUGAGGGCCGCCGCCAGUAUCGCGCUGAUGCUGGGACAAGCGGCCGCAGUGCAGCCGCCGAGCUUGUGAAUGCUCGGUUUCAAAACGGUUAUUGUCGGAUUCUGAAGUCCCCAUCGCAGGUGCCCUUGCGUGCUUCGCUAGUUGCAGAGCCCAACGACGACACGUUUGUCGACAUGUUGACGGCAUUGCCCCAAGUGGAAGCGGAUUUUUAUGCACAGGAGGCUAAUUGCAUUGAUUGGACAGGUAAAUCACGCGUGAUCCAGAACGAAUUAGAGGAGCAGUAUGGCUUCGUAAGUGGGAGUUACGACGAGUAU